GAUUUGUACGAUUCUACAAACUAGACAUGACAGCACAGCAGUUUAACAGUCAUGCAUUCUUGAGAUCUUGAUCCAGAGAUCAAACUGAACUGAAACUAAACAGAAGUACUGAUGAGAGACAUCCAGUUCAGUCCAUCUGCUCAAAUCGCUUUCUGCCCUUGAAGCAGUUUAUCUGCGCCUGCAGACCUGGCUGAGCCAGACAGCUGGACAGCCUGAUAAGUGUGUGUGCAGAGGUCCACACUCCACCAGGAGGUCUUCUCAACUCAACAACUGCACCAAACAGACCAGACCAUUCACAGCCUCCAUGCAACAGUUUGACUUCUGCAAUACUUUUGACUGAGUCUUGUGAAGUCAGUGUCAGGUGUACAGGCAGUUCAGGGGAAUCGCUUCAGUGUUACUUUUAACUUUCUCUCUCAAGCAGUAAUCCCGUUUAACUGUGUGUCCACAGAGUUGUAUAUACCUGUAAAAAUUGUGUGACCCUUUAGCCAAACGUUGGGUUAUUUAGGUUAUAUUGGAGUUCUUCAAACAGUAUUAAAGUUUAACUGCAGGCAUUCCCAAGAGGGGCGAUACAGCCGUGUGCAGUCAUGCAAAAUUUACCAUAAAACCUAUUAUUGAAAGAAAAUUAUUAGAAAAACAUACAACAGAAAAAGAAAAUGCAGCAACAAAACUGCCAACGUGUGGAAUGUGACAGUACACAGCUCUUCUAAAAGUUAAGAUAAUAUCACAAGCACUGAGGCAAGCUGAUCUUCAGUGAACAAGAGACAGCAGCUCUACUGCUGUGUAGAAAAACCUGAAAAACUUUAGCUGUUGAAGUUCAUCUUUAAUUUCACAAUCAGUUAUUUGCAUGUUAAUGCCAAAAGUAUUGGAUUUGCAGUUAAAUCCACACUGAUCAGUUUGUGGGUGCAAAAUAAAUAAAUAAAUACAUAAAUAAACAGGUGUAUCGUGAAAAGCUUGUGUGUUCUUCACACUUAUUUCUUCACUCACCUGUUAGAAGUUAUAAGCAGUGUUUAUUUUUUAAUUGUGGCAAUCGUGGAAAAGAUGUGAUCUUAACAAAUAGAACAUCAAGACAUUGGAUUUUGAAAUACGGCUAAAAUUAUGAAGAAAGAUUUAAAUUCAUUUGGAAACAAUCCGAAUUAGCUCCAAUUUUCGCAAAUUCAAUUGAAUUGCGGGGGACGUGAACUUCCUCGUUGUAAUCAUCUUUUUUCAAAUUUUAAAAUGCACUCUGUACAGAUUUUGUGAGUUUUUUUAAUGCAGCAUUCUGUGAAUACAACACACAUUUGUCGUGUUCGUCGACACGCUUUAAAGUAAAAAAAAAAAAAAAGAAAAAAAAAGAAAAGCCGAACAGAAAAUAUGAAGUUACCUGCGAACAAGCACGUGAGGAAGCGCCAUAAAAGAGGGGGAGGCGAAAAUACCAGAAGUGAGUGAGCCUCUCUCGCUCUCUCUCUCUCGCUCUCUCUCUCGUUUCGUGGCCUGUGCCAAAUUGCGCGCGCACGCAGCCGAGUGCGCCCCUGCCGUGAGGGAUGUCGGAGCUUUGCGCAGCCCCUCUCCACUGAGGCGGACCGCCGGGGCUUUGGAUGCGGGGACCGGGUGACCGCGGGAUCCCAGCCUGUGCUCUGCGGCCCCGGAACGCGGAGUCCCGGGCUGUGCGGGGCAGAACCGAGCCGCUGACCGAGCGACAUGUCCCCGCGCUGUGUGUGGAUGAUGCCAGGACGCGCCGAUCCCGUGUGUAGAUCCUCUGACUGGGAAACUUGUUUGUAGGUUUGUUUUGACCUGAGGCGAGAUGCAUCUGUUCCGGAGUCACAAUUACCAAGUGUUCCCGGACCGCUCCUCUCUGGAAACGCCGACCGUCCGGGGGAUCAGCUGGACUCCGCUGCCAGAGGCUCUGAACUCCAAAGACACCAUGAAGCAGUUCCUUUCGGAUCGUGUCGUGAAGGCAGCCAGAUCAGUCUAUAGCGUUAUGAUCGAGAGGAACCCCGGUCUGAUCCGGGACAGAAAGUAUCACCUCAAAACAUACAGACAGUGCUGCUCUGGUAAGGAGCUGGUCGACUGGCUGAUGAGGCAGAAUGAGGGCCUCCAGUCAAGGAGUCAGGCGGUGGGAAUGUGGCAGGUGUUGGUGGACGAAGGGAUUCUCGCUCAUGUAAAGCACGAGUUGAACUUCCAUGACAAGGACACUCAGUUCUACCGCUUCCAGGACGCCGAGUUCACGCUGAACGGCUCGACAAAUGAAAAGGACUCGGAGGACGAGCUGCAGGAGGCGCUGUCCCUGCUGUCCCAGCUGGGCCCCGACGCCCUGCUCACCAUGAUUCUGCGCAAAGGGCCCAGUCAGAGAAGCGCCGAGGACCUGGAGGUCAUCUACGAGGAGCUGCUGCACGUCAAGGCUGCUGCUCAUCUCUCCACCUCUGUGCGUAAGGAGCUGGCAGCAGUGCUGGUCUUUGAAUCACAUGCCAAGGCUGGAACAGUGUUGUUCAGUCAGGGGGACAAGGGCACUUCGUGGUACAUCAUCUGGAAAGGCUCAGUGAACGUGAUCACACACGGGAAGGGUUUGGUCACGACGCUGCAUGAAGGCGAGGACUUCGGUCAGCUCGCUCUGCUGAACGACGCUCCUCGCGCCGCCACCAUCAUCCUGAGAGAAGACAACUGCCAUUUCCUCCGAGUGGAUAAACAUGACUUCAUACGGAUCCUCAAGGACGUGGAGGCGAACACGGUGCGACUGGAGGAGCACGGGAUGGCAGUGCUGGUGCUGGAGAAGAGCGCAGACUCCAGCGGGCAGGGAGGGGCGGGAAACAACAGCAAAUACACGGUUAUGUCAGGAACGCCGGAGAAGAUCCUGGAACACCUGCUGGACACGGUGAAGCUGGACUCCAACGGAAAUGACGCUAUCGAUCCCUGCGCGAGCGACUUCCUCCUCACCCACAAAGUCUUCAUGUCCUCCAGCCAGCUGUGCCCUGCACUGCUGCACCAUUACCGGGCGGAGCUCUCGGACGGCUCGGACCAGGAGAAGGCCGCCUUCAUCCUCAGCACCAAGCAGAAGGUGGUGAAGCUGAUUGGCCAGUGGGUGGCACUGUUCGGCCUUCUGCUGAGAGACGACCCCAUUGCGUUUGAGUUUUUGGAGAGAAUAAAGAAGGACGUGGCAGCUGAUCACCGGCUCUUCAGUGUGCUGAAGGAACAGUUUCGAGAAAGAAGAAGAACAAGAGUGCUGGAGAACGGAUAUCAUUCACUGAGUCGGAAUCAGCAAUUCGAUUGGUUUUCAAACUGCGAGGAGCCAGUGGGAAGGUUACAGCCAAUCAGAGCACAGGACAAAGUGUUGUAUGAGAUCUUCAGACCAGACAGCAAACCCCUGACCGUGAUGCUGCCCGUCAACACGUCCGUACAGGAAGUGAUGGCGGCGGUCGUCAAACCUGGAGGAGACCACAUCCUGGUCAAGAUGAACUCCGCAGGAGAAAGAGGCCAGCUGAAGCUGGAUGCGACGGCAGUUUACACCGCUCUGGGACUCAAUGAGAGAUUAUUCAUCUGUCCGAGCAGUCAGGUGGAAAAACUGUCGCCCCUGAGAGAGCAGCUGGGCCCCGAGCGAGGAACCACCGACAUCCUGGAGCAGAUGGGCUCCAAAGACACCGCCAACGAGCUCACCAACUACGACUGGGAAAUGUUCACGGCCAUGCACGAGGUGGAGCUCGUCUACUACAUAUUCGGCCGCCACAAAUUCCAGGGCGCCACCACCGCCAACCUGGAGCGGUUCGUGCGGCGCUUCAACGAGGUGCAGUACUGGGUGGUGACGGAGCUGUGCCUCUGUGAAGACCUGGUGAAGCGGGCCGUCCUGCUCAAGAAGUUCAUCAAGAUCGCUUCAGUAUUAAAGGAGCAGAAGAAUCUCAACUCCUUCUUUGCUGUGAUGUUCGGUCUGAGUAACAGUGCAGUGCAGAGGCUUUACAAGACGUGGGAGAGGAUUCCCAGCAAGACAAAGAGAAUCUACUGUGCAUACGAGAGACUGAUGGAUCCAUCCCGGAACCACAGAGCCUACAGGUUGGCCGUGGCGAAGCUCAGUCCUCCGUACAUCCCCUUCAUGCCUCUGCUGCUCAAAGACAUGACAUUCAUCCACGAGGGAAACCCAAACUACAUUGACAAGCUGGUCAAUUUUGAAAAGAUGCGAAUGCUUGCCAAGACGGUGAAAAUUGUUCGAGGAUGCAGAAGUCAGCCGUACGUGGCUUCGUCUCCGCAGAGGGGCCUGGCUGACCGGAUGUUCCUGGAAGGACCAGCGACUCGCAUAUCAACAUACUCGGACCACGCCCUCCCCCUGCGGAGCCCCACCAACAUCCGGCACUACAUUCAAAACCUGAAGGUCAUCGACAACCAGCGCAAACUCACAGAGCUGUCAAGGACAAUCGAGUGCUAGGACAUCACUGCGGACACGCGCAGGUGUACGGUAAAGCUCUGCUCGGCUGCAGCGAAGCGCCACCCAGACUCUGAACAGUGGAGACGGACGGGUGGAGUGAACUGGAAAAUCCACCGCCGUCUAAGAGGAGAAGCACAGCUCAGCAUUGAGAGUGAAAAUGUGCCGCGCUCACAGGAAUGACCUCCAGUGCUCCACCGGUUCACCCGCCAAGCCUUCAGUCACUCCGGCCUUUCCGUGUUGUAAAGCUCUGUUACAAGAUGUACAGCUCACUCCGGUGUCAAACUGCAUUUAUUGUGACCAUUUCUAUACUUUUCAUGUGGAAGAAUUGCACUAAUAAGUACACACACCACACAUCCGUGCCACAGCUAAUCACAUUAGGUCAGUUUUGGGGUUUUUUUUUUUUUUUUACCCCUGCACAAUUGUCAAUUGUUUUCACAUUGAAACUAAAAACAUUGUAUCAGCUCAUUUUGGAAAACAUGCAUAUGAUUUCUUACAAUGUUGUUUUCUAAAUAAAUUAUUUUCCCAGUCA